ACAGCCGGAGCUGGGACGGGGGAUCAGGCACCGGAGAGCCAGGUCCCCAAGCGGGGAGGAGGGGCCAUGCUGUCGGGGGAGCGGAAGGAAGGGGCCGGGAGUCCUCGGUUCGGGAAGCUCCAUCUGCCCGUCGGACUGUGGAUCAACUCCCCACGAAAGCAGCUCGCCAAACUCGGGCGCCGCUGGCCCAGCGUGGGCUCCGUCAAGUCCACGUCCUCGGACACGACGAGCCGCAGCAGCGAGCCGCCGCCGGUGGAGCUGCGCCGGACCGGGGCCAUCAAGGCGGCGGGCGGGGCGUCGGGCAGCCGGGCCAAGCGCAUCUCGCAGCUCUUCCUGCGCGGGAGCCCCGGCGGAGGAGGAGGAGGAGGAGGAGGAGGAGGAGGGGGCGGCGGCGGAGGAGGGGCCGGUGGGCCCGGGGGACCCGGCGGGGGGCCGCGCUGGGCCAGCGAGAAGAAGUUGGCCGAGCUGGCGGGGGGGCCCCUGGCCGAGGAGCUGGCGGCCCCCCCGCGCCCCCCGCCCCCAGGGGUGCUGAAGAUCUUCGGGGGGGGCCUGGCCUCGGGGGCCAAUUACAAGAGCGUCUUGGCCACCCCGCGCUCGACGGCCCGCGAGCUGGUCCGCGAGGCCCUGGAGCGCUACGGCCUCGGCGGGGCCGGGGCCGGGGCCGGGGGCAAGGGUCCCGACGGGGGGGACGGGGCCGGGGACGGGGCCGGGGGCUUCGCGCUGGUGGACGCCCUGGGCCGUGCGGGGGUCGGGGAGUGGAGGACGGAGCACGCCCGGGUGCUGGGGGACGGGGAGCGGCCGCUCCUGCUGCAGGAGCUGUGGCAGCCCCGGCCCGGUUGGGCCCGGCGCUUCGAGCUGCGGAGCCGCGAGGAGGCGCGGAGGAUGGUGGAGGAGGCCGACGACGACGAGGGCGCCGGCCCGGGGGUCCCCGCCUGGCGUCACCAGAAGAACCGUUCGCGGGCAGCGUCCGGGGGCGGCCUGGGCCCCGGAGGGAGCGUCCCCAAGGAGCGGGCCGAUAACCUGUCCUUGCGGCGUAGCGUGUCGGAGCUCAGCCUGCAAAGUCGCCGGCGGAGACAGCAAGAGCGCCGCCAGCAGGCGCUCAGCAUGGCCCCCGGGGCCGGGGGGGAGGCCGCGCCCCCCGAUACCCCCGUAGACCCACCCGGAACCCCGGACUUCGACCAGCUGGCCCAGUAUCUCAUCCAGGCACCCUCCCACCGGCCCUACUUCCUGCUCUUGCAGGGGUACGGGGAGGGCCAGGACUUCGUGAUGUACGUGAUGACCCGGGAGCAGCACGUGUUUGGCCGGGGGGGACCCCGGGGCAACCCCUACGUCGACACCUUCCUGAACGCCCCCGACAUCCUCCCCCGCCACUGCGUCGUGCGGGCCGGGCCUGAGCCCCCGGCCCGCAUCCGCCCCUUCCGGGGGGCUCCCGUGACCCACAAUGGUGGUCUGCUGCUCCGCGAGGCCGACCUGCAACCGGGAGACCUGCUGGGUCUGGGGGAGCACUUCCUGUUCAUGUACAAAGACCCCCGCGGCGGGGGAGGUGGGGGUGGCUCCCCUCGGCCCCCCUGGCUCCCGGCCCGGCCUGGCGUCCCGCCGCCUGGCCCCGGCUGGGCCUUCUCGUGCCGCCUGUGUGGCCGCUGGCUGCAGGAGCGGCAGGAGGCCUUGGGCGCCUACCUGGAUGGCAGGGAGCCGGUGCUCCGGUACCGGCCGCACGAGGAGGAGGCCCUGCUUGGGGAGAUCGUGCGGGUGGCCGGAGCGGCUGGGGCCGGCGGUGGCGGGGGCUCGCCGCUGCCGCCCCUCGGCCCCGCAGCCCUCCUGGCCAUGUGCGUCGAGCACUCUGCCCGCGAGCUGGAGCCCGGGCACCUGCCCCACCUGCUGGGGCGGCUGGCACGGCUGGUCAAGGAGGCUGUCUGGGAGAAGAUAAAGGAGAUUGGAGACAGGCAGCCAGAGAAUCACCCCGAGGGGACCCUCGAGGCCCCACUGAGCAUUGAGGAGGUGUCCGCCGAGCUGCGCCCCCUCAUGCUGUGGAUGGCAAACACCACAGAACUACUGAGCUUCGUGCAAGAGAAGGUGCUGGACGUGGAGAAGGAGGGAGAACAGGAGGGCCUCUCCUCAGACCCUCAGCUCUGCAGUGACCUGGAUCUAUGUGAUGAAGCAAUGGCCAUGCUAGAUGAAGUCAUCAUGUGUACCUUCCAGCAGUCUGUCUACUACCUCACCAAGACCCUGUACUCCACUCUGCCGGCCCUCCUGGACAGUAACCCAUUCACAGCUGGGGCGGAGCUGCCUGGACCAGGGGCAGACCUGGCAUCCAUGCCCCCUGGGCUGCGGCCCACCCUGGGCGUCUUCCAGGCCGCGCUGGAGCUGACCAGCCAAUGUGAACUGCACCCUGACCUGGUGUCCCAGACGUUCGGCUACCUGUUCUUCUUCUCCAAUGCCUCACUGCUCAACUCCCUCAUGGAGAGAGGCCAGGGUCGUCCGUUCUACCAGUGGUCCAGGGCAGUGCAGAUCCGGACGAAUUUGGACAUGCUGCUAGACUGGUUGCAGGGGGCGGGAUUAGGGGACAUCGCCACAGAGUUUUUCCGAAAACUGUCCCUCGCCGUCAACCUGCUCUGUGUCCCUCGGACCUCUCUACUCAAGGCAUCUUGGUCGAGUCUUCGCACGGAGCACCCGUCGCUGAGCCCCGCUCAGCUGCACCACCUGCUCAGCCAUUACCACCUGGGCCCGGGUCGCAGCCCCCCGCCGGCCUGGGACCCUCCCCCCGCCGAACGGGACGCCAUGGACCCCGCUGACAUCUUCGAGAGCUUCUCGUCGCACCCGCCGCUGAUCCUGCCGCUGGGCAGCCCGCGCCUUCGCCUGCGCCUGUCGGGCCCGUUGACGGACGAUGGGCUCCACCGGGAGCUGCGCCGGCUCCGCCGCCUCCUGUGGGACCUGGAGCAGCAGGAGCUGCCGGCCAAUCAGCGCCACGGACCCCCGCUGGCUCCGCCCCCUUGAGCGCAGGCCACGCCCCCGCAGGCGCGCUCCCGCGUGCUGCGCGUGCCCGACUCCCUCCCCUGGGGGGUGGAGGGGGGCCUCGCAGCAAUAAAGGCUGCAGGGCCGGGUGGCACCCGCCCUGGCGGAACUGGA